AUGCUCGAACAAGGCACGCUGCGCACCGCGACCGUCAGCACAUCCAUUCUGCUCUAUAAGGCAGGAAUCCUACGAACACUCAUUGCAAUCCUAAACUUCGUUUCGGAGAGUUUUGAAGUCUCUUCCUCCGUCAAGCUUUCGGGCCUGGAAGCGAGAUCGGCGAAGGAGGCGGUCGAGCGCUCGUUUCGCUCUGCAGCUAUGAUUGAGCCAGAAGUAAACCCUAAAGCUUAUCCACUAGCUGAUGCCCAGCUAACCAAGACACUGCUGGAUCUCGUACAGCAGUCCUGCAACUACAAACAGUUACGCAAAGGGGCCAAUGAAGCCACUAAAACUUUGAACAGAGGCAUUGCAGAAUUCAUUGUGAUGGCUGCAGAUGCUGAGCCCCUUGAGAUCAUCCUGCAUCUUCCACUGCUAUGUGAGGACAAGAAUGUACCCUAUGUAUUUGUGCGCUCCAAGCAGGCCCUGGGCCGGGCAUGUGGUGUUUCUCGCCCCGUAAUUGCCUGUUCCAUUACUAUCAAAGAAGGUUCACAGCUGAAGCCUCAAAUUCAAUCUGUCCAACAAGCCAUUGAGAGACUAUUGGUCUAAAUUCAUCUGGCCUCCCCUUACUAAAAUAGAAUAACUC